UAUAUUACCAUGUAUAUAGAUAAAGAUGUAGAUAAGACAUACACUAUUACUUCACUUGUUGUGUGCACUUAGAAGAUUCCGUCAAACUUUUCUCGAGUUCAUGAUGGCAAGCUCAUCAGAUCAAGUUCAAAUCCUUGAAUGCUACCAGAACUGGAUGAUUGAACAACAACAACUUCUUCAAGAGCUCUUACAAGUACGCAGCCAAAAGCCAAACGACGAGCAAGAACUUUGUUGUAUCAUCGAAAAACUUAUCAAACACUUUCAAGAGUAUACUAAUAGAAGAGCCCAACUUGCAGUAGACAAAGCUUCAUCCAUUUUCUCACCUAUGUGGUGUACUUCCAUUGAGAAUUCUUACCUAUGGUUCGGGGGUUGCAGACCUUCGUUAUUGAUUCAACUCGUUUACACGCUUUGUGGUUCUCAACUUGAGUCACAACUCAGCGAGCACUUACAAGGAGUGAGAAGAGGCAACUUAGUUGAGUUAUCAGCAGAUCAACUAAGUCGUGUUAGUGAGUUAAGAUGUAGCACAAUUCGAGAAGAACAGAGACUUUCAAGGAGGAUGGCUGGUUUACAAGAGAAUAUAGCCGACUCUCCACUCACUAGGUUUGCUAGUAACAACUCAGAUGUUAUAGAAACCGAGUCCCAUAUUGAACAAGUUGAUCAGGCUUUGGAUUCACACUCAAAAGAUCUGGCAAGUGUGUUAGUUGACUCAGAUAAGUUGAGGAUGAAUACGUUGAAAGAACUAAUAGGCAUCUUCACACCAUUACAAGCAGUGGAUUUUCUGAUUGCUGGCAAGAAACUCCAUCUUUGUAUGCAUCAAUGGGGCCAAAGGAGGGAUCAUCUGCAUGGACAUAGGAAAACGCUAAGGUCUUGUGGAUACAUUAGACGGCCACUCCAUCUAUAAAAACAGAAAAAACAAAGAGAAAAACAAAGCUUUUCCACAGUAGUCUGCACUUUCAAUAUUAGUACACGC